AAGUUUGUCAAGUCUCGCGAUAUUUCCCUACUGGAGCGCACAGUGGCAACGAGAACGAGAUCUGUCGUGGGACGGAGCGCAGAGAGAGUUGUUAUCUCGGAAGAGAGGCGAGAACAGACCGAGCAGGAGCAGAGCUUUGGGGGUGUGUGUGUGUGAGGUGUGUGUGACAGAGUGUGUGUGUUUGUGAGGUCCAGAGCAGGCACGCUGGCGGACUUCAACAUGUCCUCCGGGGACACGCUGUACAUCGAGACGGACGGCUCCGAGAUGCCGGCCGAGAUCGUGGAGCUGCACGAAAUAGAAGUGGAGACCAUCCCGGUGGAGACCAUCGAGACCACGGUGGUGGGAGAGGAGGAUGAGGAUGAUGAGGAUGAAGAUGAUGAUGAUGAGCCUAUGAUUGCGCUGCAGCCGCUGGUUCCAGACGACCACCACCAUCUGCACCAUCACCACCACCACCACCACCAUCAGGAGGUGAUCCUGGUGCAGACCAGGGAGGAGGUGGUCGGAGGAGACGACUCGGACAUGCACACGGAUGGAGGCAGUGGCUUCGAGGACCAGAUCCUCAUCCCGGUGCCUGCACCCGGGGUGGAGGACGAGUACAUCGAGCAGACUCUGGUCACCGUGGCCGGGAAGAGCACCGUGGGUCGGAUGAAGCGAGGAGGAGGAGGAGGAGGCAAGAAAACGGGGAAGAAGAGCUUCAUGAGCGGGGAGCCAGGGGGCAGAAAAUGGGAACAGAAGCAGGUGCAGAUAAAGACACUGGAGGGGGAGUUCUCUGUCACAAUGUGGGCAUCGGAUCACCAUGAAGACAUCGACCAUGAGUCGGUGGUGGAGGAGCAGAUCGUCGGGGAGAACUCCCCUCCGGACUACUCCGAGUACAUGACCGGGAAGAAGCUGCCCCCUGGUGGCAUCCCGGGCAUCGACCUGUCCGACCCCAAACAGCUGGCCGAGUUUGCCAGGAUGAAGCCCAGGAAAGUCAAAGAGGACGACGCUCCGCGGACGAUAGCUUGUCCUCAUAAAGGCUGCACAAAGAUGUUCAGGGAUAACUCGGCCAUGAGGAAGCAUCUCCACACCCACGGGCCCCGCGUGCACGUCUGCGCCGAGUGCGGCAAGGCGUUCGUCGAGAGCUCCAAACUCAAACGUCACCAACUUGUUCACACGGGGGAGAAACCCUUCCAGUGUACCUUCGAAGGCUGCGGGAAACGGUUUUCUCUGGACUUCAACCUGCGCACACACGUGCGGAUCCACACCGGAGACCGACCCUACGUCUGCCCGUUCGACGGCUGCAAUAAGAAGUUCGCUCAGUCCACCAACCUUAAGUCUCACAUCCUCACACACGCCAAAGCCAAAAAUAACCAAUGAGAACGCCGCCCCCCCCUCCCCCAUCCACCAGCGUCAAGACACAAAGACGACAAGAGAAAGGAAGGAGGAGAAAAAAAAAAGCGUCCCAGCGGCACACCUGAACCCUCUUAUGAGACCGGAAUGAAAAGCUUGAGACUUAUUGAUUUAUAUGGACGAAUCUGACAGAUUAAAAGACUUAAAAACACUGAAAUUCAGCUAGUUUUUCCUGCGUCCCCUUUCUUCUGCUGUCACAUUGGAUGAGGAACACAGUGACUAUUCCCCCAAAAGCCAACACGGUCCCUCUGGUUCUCCAGUGGCACUCCGCUGCCAGAAGAUGGAACUCAUGGACAAACAUCAGAGACUUAUUUUUACCAGAGCGAGCAGAGAAGCAGCAGUCUAUUAGUAUUUUUAUUUUUUUCACUUAGCUUUUAUUUUCCACAAGUGUGCAUAUUGUACACUUGCCUCAGGCUAUGUUUCGUAAAAAAAAAAAACGUGAUUUUUUUUAAUUUUUUUUCCUCCUCGUGCAUUAUGAAAUCGUACCGCUGACACAGAACCCGUUUCACACGUAUGAGAAGUUUAACAACAGCUGUAUGUUUGCAUCUCCACACCCCUCUUUGGUUGUAUUUUUCUCUAACCACAAAAUAACCGUGUAUACUUGUAUUGUAUGGCUGUAUUGAAAUUACGUAGACAUAGAUAGAGGUGUGAUUUAAAGUGUUAACCAAUUAAACUUUUAGUCAUGAGUUGCUUUAUAUUUUCUAUGAACUGUCUUUACACAGAUGAAUGAGUACGAUAAAGAUACUCAGAGCGAAGUCUCGGUUGAAAUACCCGGAGCAUACAUUGAAUCGACUGCGAGACCAUCACUUUCUUUGUUAGAAUGUAAUGUACAGACGUCAACCAUUGACUUCCUUUUGUUGAUAUUUACACACAUGUAUCUCAACUGCCCACAAUAAAAUGGCUCAUUCCCACCCUGUCAAAAUAUACAAAA